AUGUUCAACCGCAACAAUAUACCUUCCGUCCCUAAUCCUUUUGGAUCCCGGCAGCCGCCUCAGGGAGGCGGCUACUCCAACCCCAACCAAGGCCCUCCGCCCUAUCCGCAAGGCGAUCACGGACGUCCUGCGCGCCCGCAUCCGGGACGGCCGACUCAGCAGCCCCCGUUGCCAGCGAGAAACCCGGGACAAGACCAGACCUGGUUCCUGCGCCCCGAACGGAGUCCACAUGAUUCCUUUACGUUUGGAAAUCUGCUUGCUAUCUCGCCACAGGACUUCCCUCUGAACCGCGAUGGCGUCGAUCUUUACCUUCUUGUCAAUGACUACUACGUCUUCUCUGCUCGUCCAUAUGGAAGCGUUGCGCCUGGAACCAUCUGCCUGUCUGAACCUCAGCGGUUGUGGGCCGGUGUGGGACUCCGGGAUCAGGUCAAGGUACAGAUCUAUCAUCCAUUCAGCCAAGGUGGGCAGCCGUAUCUUGGCUCGACGGAUAUCGAAGUAAAGUUUGCUGGGAAGAUCAGGCCAAAAGAGCCCUACGACCAAGACGAGUUGGGGGCUGCUGUGAUCAAGAAUUUCCAAAGCCAGAUCUUUGCUCCUCAACAAUUGAUUCUCAUGGAUUACAAAGGCGUCAAGCUCCAGCUGAAAGUGAAAACUGUCCAGCGAGUCGAUCUGGGCUCUGAGAAAGGCGGUGCUGCUGGACGGGUCGAAACAGACAAAACAGCCAGAGGAAUUCUUACGCAGCACAGUCAAGUCAACUUCACCAAGGAUCCGGAAUCGGAAAUCAAUUUGAGGGCGUCGAACCGUAGACCACCGGCCAAUGCAAUUAUUCAACCUGACUUCAAGUUUGAAGACAUGGGCAUUGGUGGUCUUGACUCGGAGUUCAGUACAAUUUUCCGCCGUGCAUUUGCGUCGCGUAUCUUCCCUCCAGGCCUUGUGGAGAAACUCGGUAUCCAACACGUGAAGGGUAUGCUUCUGUACGGUCCGCCUGGUACGGGUAAAACUUUGAUUGCACGACAAAUCGGAAAGAUGUUGAACGCAAGGGAACCGAAGAUUAUCAAUGGUCCAGAAGUGCUCAGCAAAUAUGUUGGUCAGUCCGAGGAGAACAUCCGGAAAGUCUUUGCAGACGCAGAGAACGAAUACAAGGCCAAGGGAGAAGAAAGUGGACUGCACAUCAUUAUCUUUGAUGAGCUCGACGCUGUGUGUAAGCAGCGUGGAAGCACGACUGGUGGAACAGGCGUGGGCGACAGUGUUGUGAACCAGCUACUCUCGAAGCUGGACGGUGUUGAUCAAUUGAACAACAUUCUCCUCAUCGGUAUGACCAACCGAAAGGAUAUGAUCGAUGAUGCGCUGCUGCGGCCUGGUCGUCUAGAAGUGCAUGUGGAGAUCUCUCUUCCCGACGAAAAGGGCCGGAGUCAGAUCCUCAACAUCCAUACCCAGAAGAUGCGACAAAAUGAGAUUAUGGACUCUGAUGUCGAUCUGUUCGAACUGGCCCGGGAGACCAAGAACUUCUCCGGUGCCGAGAUCGCUGGUCUCGUCAAAUCAGCCUCUUCCUUUGCUUUCAACCGGCAUAUCAAGCUUGAAAACAUGGGACACGUCACCGGUGAUGUUUCAAAUAUGAAGGUCAACAGAUCCGAUUUCCAGCUUGCACUAGACGAAGUGAAGCCCGCAUUUGGUGUAUCUGAAGAGCAACUUUCGAGCCGUAUCGAGCAUGGCAUCAUCGAUUACUCGCCCGAGGUUGAGAAGAUUCUCAUGGAGGGCAGACGCUACGUCGACCGUGUCAAGGAGUCCCGGCCUCUUUGGUCUGUGCUGCUGCACGGUCCGGUUGGAAGCGGAAAGACUGCCUUGGCAGCUAAGAUUGCGAUUCAAUCUGAGUUCCCCUUUAUCAAGAUGAUCUGCCCCGAGGAUAUGGUUGGUCUCAGUGAGAUCGCCAAGGUCCAUCACAUUGUCAAGGUUUUCGAAGACGCGUACAAGAGUACGAACAGCAUCGUUGUCGUGGAUAAUAUCGAAAAGAUCAUCGAAUAUCGCCCUGUUGGUCCUAGGUUUUCGAACACCAUUGUGCAAAACCUCGACGUUUUCUUCCAGAAACGGCCACCCAAGGACCGUCACAUUCUAAUUAUCGCCACCACGAGACAGAGGGCGAUGCUGAAGCAGUUGGAUAUGUUCAAUUCGUUCGAUGCAGAUAUUAGGGUUCCGAACGAGAUGGGCCGUUCAGAACUCCAAAGGAUCAUGGAACAUGAGGGUGCAUUUGAUGCUGAGGAGAUCAACCAGGCAUUGGAUUACCUCCUUGAGACCCCUGAUGCCACGAUUAAUGUCGGUGUGCGGACGGUCCUUUCUGGAAUUGAGACAGACACUGCCGAAGGAGGUCCUAGCAGGGUCGAGCGGUUUGUGAACUUCAUCCAAGGCAGAAUUGACGCAGAGAUGAGUUCUGUGUAG